GUUUAUUACAGCCCUUGCUUUCUAUGUCCCAAAAAUAGAGAAAUAUACAUAGCAUGGAGAUUAGCACUAACAUAUUCCUCUUCUACUGCAUCUUCUUCUUUCCAGGUCCAAGUGAUACAAGGAAGGUUGGGAUUUCCAGUGACCAAAAGGACAUUACAACUCCACUAACAACAGUACCUACUCCAUCCAGUCCAGUAUUGAACCCUCAUUCGAUGUCUCCGGUGACCAUGUCACCGGUGACAGUUCCGACAACGAUGAUGACUCCGGGUGCCAGCUGGUGUGUGGCUAGCCAAAGUGCAUCAGAGACUGCAUUACAAGUUGCACUGGACUAUGCAUGUGGGCAUGGUGGAGCCGACUGUAGAGCAAUUCAACCUGGUGGAAGCUGUUACAAUCCGGACACCGUUCGUGCUCAUGCUUCUUAUGCGUUUAACAGCUAUUUUCAGAAGAAUCCGAUUCCUAGCAGCUGUAAUUUUGGAGGAACGGCGGUUACUACCGGCACUGAUCCAAGUAGAGGGACAUGUCAGUAUGAAUCCACAAGCACAACUUCUUCCAUCUUAGACACUACCAUUGCAAACGGUUCAAAUGUUUUGGUGCUGUGCCUUCAACUGUCUCCGCCUCCAAAAUGAAUCCCACGCAAUCCAUUUUCAUCACCAUCGCAUGCCUCAUUUGCUGCUGCCUAGAUACUACCAAUAGAAUCCAUCAAGUCUGUGUUACUCAGGGAAAACGUCAAGGUUCGAAUUCACGUUAGACAGGACAAUAUGAA